AAAUGGGGGAAAAAUCCCGAAGCAAAAAUCCGUCAUAAAAGCCAUCACUUAGACGCGUUUUAUGACGAUUUUCAAAUUUCGACAGCUUUUCGCCCAUUUCUUCCAUUUCGCCCCUUGGCUGUUUCGCCGCGAUUUCUUUCAGUGUGUGCGUGUCAUCUAGCAUGAAUGUGGCACUGUGCGUGUGAUUGUUACCCUUUAUUGAAAUUCACAGCUGAAAACAUAAACAUUCAGAUUUUAAAGCGCAAAGCAGCAUUCAAGUUCAACUCAGCAUUCAAACAGUUCAAACUGCAGUUUCACCUGGAAAAUAAAUAAAUAAAACCAAAAUAUAAUGUCGGAACCACCAAAGAAAGGGUGCCUUUUUGCACUGCAACAACUGCCUUCGGCUGUAUUAUGCUCCACAGGGGCAAUUGUCCGUGUUUUUGGACCGCGAACGUCAUCAAGACCGACGCCGGAACCGUCUUUUGCCCCCGAUGCUGGUUCCAUGGAUAUCGCUACGCGACCGGCAGGAUCGGUGGAACAAAAGCGAGGAUCGCAGCCGUCCACUAGUGCGACGCCGGCACCGGCAUUUGUUCCCGCUGCAGGUUCCAUGCGUGUCAUUCCGCGGCCGGCAGGAUCGUCUGCGACGUCGGAAUCUUCUACUGCUCUCAAUGCUGGUUCCGUGGAUAUCGCUACGCGUCCGGCAGGAUCGAUGGCACAAAAGCGAGGAUCGCAGCCCUCAACGAAAGCGAUACGUGGGAUGAUUCUUGUGCCUGCUAGUUCCGUGCGUGUUGUUCCACUAGCGACCACAAGUGUGACGCCGAAAUCGUCUGUUGCUUCAGCUGCUGGUUCAUGCGUGCAUGACUUUGCGCGACCGGCAAAAACGACUGUCGUGCAUCAAGGAUUCCGUCAGCCGUCACCAAGCAUGACACCGGAACCGUGUGUUUCAUCAUCACCGGGAUCAACAUUUCAAGAAGAGCAGUCGUCAGCAAGCAGCAUUCAUCCGUCCACGGUAUCUAUUAAUCCAAGUGUAGCUGGCUCGGAUCGGGUGGAAGAAAAAUAG